GAAGCCUGGCUGCCUCAUAAGCGUUGAACUUCUUCUGCCUGUCUCCUCACAUGAAUGAGAAGCUCUUCAUCAAGCUCAGGAUGUUUAGGUACACUUUAGCCCGGAGUGGCUUUGGUGUGUUGGCUUUCCGGAGGGCUUAUGUUCUCACCCGAUUUGCUCACUCUGCCCCGAAGAAUGAGUAUCGACCAAUCAAGAAAGUGAUGGUGGCCAAUAGAGGUGAGAUCGCCAUCCGUGUGUUCAGAGCCUGCACCGAGCUGGGGAUUCGAACCGUGGCCGUGUAUUCAGAGCAGGACACUGGACAAAUGCACAGGCAGAAGGCGGAUGAGGCUUACCUGAUUGGGAAAGGCCUGCCACCUGUUGCAGCAUACCUGCACAUUCCAGACAUCAUCAAAGUCGCCAAGGACAACGGUGUGGAUGCUAUCCAUCCUGGCUAUGGUUUCCUGUCUGAGCGGGCAGAAUUUGCUCAGGCCUGUUCGGAUGCCGGGGUGAUGUUUGUCGGACCAUCUCCAGAAACGGUGCGCAAGAUGGGUGACAAGGUGGAGGCUCGUUCCUUGGCUAUCAAUGCAGGAGUACCUGUGGUCCCAGGAACAGAUGCUCCCAUCUCAAGUCUGCAGGAGGCGCAGGCGUUUGCCCAGACAUACGGCUUCCCCAUUAUCUUCAAAGCAGCCUAUGGUGGAGGUGGUCGCGGCAUGAGGGUGGUCAGAGAAUAUGAGGAACUUGAGGAGAAUUACCAGCGGGCCUACUCUGAAGCCCUGACGGCUUUUGGGAACGGAGCCUUGUUUGUCGAGAAAUUUAUUGAAAAGCCGAGGCACAUCGAAGUACAGAUCCUUGGCGAUAAAUAUGGUAAUGUCAUCCACCUCUACGAGAGAGACUGCUCCAUUCAGCGGAGACACCAGAAGGUUGUGGAGAUUGCACCGGCGUUCCAGCUGGACCCUCAUCUCAGAGAUCGUCUUCACGCGGAUGCUGUCAACCUUGCCAGACAGGUUGGAUACGAGAAUGCAGGAACUGUGGAGUUCUUGGUGGAUAAACACGGCAAACACUACUUCAUAGAGGUGAACUCCAGACUGCAGGUUGAACAUACGGUCACCGAAGAAAUCACAGAUGUGGACCUGGUGCAUGCUCAGAUCCAUGUGUGCGAGGGCCGCAGCCUGCCAGAACUCGGCCUCAAACAAGACAAGAUCAGGGUGAAUGGCUGCGCAAUCCAGUGUAGAGUGACAACCGAGGACCCAUCCAGAGGCUUCCAGCCAGACACGGGAAGGAUUGAGGUCUUCCGAAGCGGCGAGGGCAUGGGCAUCCGUCUGGACAGCGCCUCAGCCUUCCAGGGUGCCGUCAUUUCUCCACACUAUGACUCAUUACUAGUGAAAGUCAUCGCCAGCGGAAAGGACCUGAACACAGCAGCCUCCAAGAUGAGCCGAGCUCUGGCUGAGUUCAGAGUGAGAGGGGUUAAGACCAACAUCCCGUUCCUCCAGAACGUUCUGUCCAACCACCAGUUCCUGCACUCCACAGUGGACACCCAGUUCAUUGACGAGAACCAGGAGCUCUUCAACCUCAAACCCACUCAGAACAGAGCCCAGAAACUCCUGCACUACCUUGGUCAUGUGAUGGUGAAUGGACCAACAACACCCAUCCCAGUCAAAGCUAAGCCCUCCUCCACAGACCCCGUCGUUCCUCCCGUCACCAUGGGUGACCCUCCUGUAGGUUUCCGUGACGUGCUGUUGCGUGAUGGUCCUGAAGGAUUUGCCAAGGCUGUCCGUGCCCACAAAGGCCUCCUGCUGAUGGACACCACAUUCAGGGACGCUCACCAGUCUCUCCUGGCUACCAGGGUUCGGACCCAUGACCUGAAGAUGAUCUCGCCAUUUGUCAGCCACAACUUUAGCAACCUUUUUAGCUUGGAGAACUGGGGAGGUAAGCUUCCUGGUCGUCACGUUACGAUAAACUCGUUCUGCGAGGUGGCCAAGGAGAACGGCAUGGACAUCUUCCGUGUCUUCGAUUCUCUGAACUACCUGCCUAACAUGGUGCUGGGUAUGGAGGCUGCUGGAGCAGCAGGUGGCGUAGUUGAAGCUGCCAUCUCCUACACAGGUGACGUGUCUGACCCAAUGAGGCAGAAGUACUCUCUGGAAUACUAUGUCAAACUGGCAGAUGAGCUUGUCAAAGCUGGAACUCACAUCCUAUCUAUCAAGGAUAUGGCCGGCCUGCUGAAGCCAGAAGCCAGUAAGCUUCUGAUCAGCGCUCUGAGGGACCGCUUCCCAGACGUACCCAUCCAUGUGCACACGCACGACACAGCUGGAGCUGGUGUUGCUGCCAUGCUGGCCUGCGCUGAAGCUGGUGCUGAUGUAGUUGAUGUGGCGGUUGACUCCAUGGCUGGGAUGACCUCCCAGCCCAGCAUGGGAGCCAUGGUUGCCUGCACCAAGGGGACCAAGCUUGACACCGGCAUCGCUCUGGAGAAGGUGUUUGACUACAGUGAAUACUGGGAAGUAGCCAGAGGCUUGUAUGCUCCGUUUGAUUGCACUGCCACCAUGAAAUCUGGCAAUGCUGACGUGUAUGAGAAUGAGAUACCUGGGGGACAGUACACCAACCUUCACUUCCAGGCUCACAGUAUGGGACUGGGCAACAAGUUCAAGGAGGUGAAGAAGGCCUACGCAGAGGCCAACAAACUACUUGGAGACCUUAUUAAGGUGACUCCUUCCUCAAAGAUCGUGGGUGACCUGGCCCAGUUCAUGGUGCAGAACAACCUGACCAGAGCAGAGGUGGAGGAGAGAGCGGACGAGUUGUCCUUCCCCCUCUCUGUCGUCGAGUUCCUUCAGGGAUACGUUGGGAUACCACACGGAGGAUUCCCUGAGCCGUUCAGAUCUAAGGUGCUGAAGUCUCUUCCCCGCAUUGACGGUCGACCUGGUGCCUCUCUGCCACCUAUGGACUUCAAGUCUCUGGAAGAGGGCCUGCGAGCCACACACGGGGAUGACAUCACCCCUGAGGAUGUGAUGUCAGCAGCCAUGUACCCCAAGGUGUUCCAGGAGUUUAAGGAGUUUACUGCCAACUUUGGCCCAGUGGAUUGUCUCAGCACCAGGCUGUUCUUGGAUGGACCCAAGAUUGCAGAAGAGUUUGAGGUGGAGCUGGAGAGAGGGAAGAUCCUCCACAUCAAGGCCUUGGCACUGGGUGACCUGAACAAGGCCGGGCAGAGAGAGGUCUUUUUUGAGCUCAACGGACAGCUGAGAUCUGUGCUUGUUAAAGACACAGUCGCCAUGAAGGAAAUGAAGUUCCAUCCCAAAGCUCAGAAGUCCAUCCGGGGUCAGGUGGGAGCACCGAUGCCUGGAAAGGUCCUAGAGGUCAAAGUAAAAGUUGGAUCCAAGGUGGAGAAAGGUCAACCGCUGUGUGUCCUCUCUGCCAUGAAGAUGGAGACUGUGGUCAACUCCCCAAUGGCUGGGACCAUUAAGGCUAUUCAUGUCACACCCGAUGCUUCCCUGGAGGGAGAUGACCUGAUACUGGAAAUUGAAGAAUAGAGUGCAGGGGAGGAGUGGCAGGAGGCAGGCGUUCAGACGAUAUGAUCCCGGAAAUGGUGGCAGCUGGAGAAAUGGGGAGAGAAAUGAGGAGGAAGAGGAAGACGGGCGUUUGUGGCCCUAGAUAUGUACAUAUUCCUUUGGGUGCACUGGGGGAUGCACAUUGAGGCCGUAUUCAUAUCCAGAUACCUGAUGGGAGCAAAAAUGUACGACAGUCCAAAACGGUGUAUUGAUUAGAAGAAAUUUACUGAGUCCCCUGUUAAAGUAAUUCCAUAGUUGUGGUAUUUAACUCAAAUAAUGGCAUCUUUGCGCACAUCCGUCAACUUGUGGAAAAUAGCAUUAAAUAUUUUAGAGUAAGAUCAUAUAUUUGAAGUGUGAUACAUUCCACUGCUGAAGUCUUAAUCUAGUCUUAAUGUGAGCUAAACGUAUCUAACGCUAACAGGGUUUAACUACUUGCAUUGCUGUUGCCUCACACAUUCAACGUGAGUAGAUUGAACUUUUUGUCUCUGACUGCUCGGUGAUUUCAUACUUUGCUGGUUUCAAAAGAGAAGAAUAGACUUGUGGAUGUAUUACACAGUCGCUGUUGCUCAUAUGGGAACAAUCUUCAUUGUUUUUCUUUGUUCACGGUGCAUUCUGGGAAUGUGUAAUCACUGUAGCAUUUAGGCACAACCCCCCCUCCCCAACAUUUCCUUAGAAAUGACAGCACAGUACACUGAGGGGCUGAAGAAUGAAAUCACAUUUGGUCCAUCUGGUUUUUAGACCAUAGUUUUUUAUGGGGUUUUAUUGCAAGAAGAGAAGCACAAUAAAGAUGGCUUGUUGACAAGGGCGCACCAGAAACAUCUCAUGUCGAAGGCCAGUGAAAGUAAGUGGUUUCCUUUUUUAAAAGAUCUCUGCAGGUGUUUUCUUACUCAUGUCUGAUUUUAACCCCCACCCACCCUCAAAAUGUGGAUAUAUGCAAAUCGGAUUAGCGUUGGUUUGAACAUGGCUCUUAAUUCAAAGCGUAUCUGUAUGAAUAUUUAGAGGUAUGUCGACACAGACGUGGCGUUUGAGGUCUUUUUAGAGUGUCUGGUUUGUGUGAUGUUGGAAAAGUUGUCAGAGAAGCAGUUUGACGGUCUCUUCAGAACCAGAGAUUAUGGCGGAUGGUCUGUCUGCAUGGGGAUUUUCAAUGCUAGGUGUAAAUGGGAUUACAUGGUGCUGUAAUGGAGCCAUGUGAUGUUAUUUUCUGAGGCUCUGCUGAUUAAUUUAUGGAUUAAUUCUCUGUCAAAUGAUGUUAAAUUAGCCGGACUAAUAAGGGACUCUGGAGACUCCCAGCAGCAGCAGCACUCUGCUUUAUACAUCUAUGUGGGUGUGUUUGUACCAAUGAGUCAAUGUGCACGCGUAUGAGAGCAAAUUCAACCCCUCCCCCAUAACACACCAGCUGAUAUUUAAAUGUAUUCACAUGCACACCAUACUCUGAUGCAAAAUAUCCAAACUAGCCCCUAAGUGCUGUCUGGAUCACAGCAAAUAAAUCUAAUCUAGUGCAGAGGACUGUGGUUUUAGCUCUAUAAUCACUGUCCAGCACAUUUAAAAACCAGUGAGAAUAAACAAAAAUUAGACUCAGUUUUGCCCCAGUCUUUCCUGCAGGCCUUUCACCCUAAAAAGCGAUGACUGAAUGUUGAAUUACUCUGACCGGUGACAGAACAAUCACACAUCAUCUGCAGAAAGUGUCAAUGUUUGCUCAUAAGGCAGUGAAGCAUGCAGUGUUUGGGACAGCGAGCCAGGAGAGAGAUCACAGCAGAUUCCUUUCCCCAGAUCAUCUGUGCUCCUUCACAGAAUACACUGAUUGGGGGACAAAAUUAAAAUAUCACUUUGUACUGCACUGGAUUAUUUCCAGCAGUUUUGCUCCAUUACCUCUGAGAAUGAAUCCGCUUUCGAACCGUGCAUCAAUACUGAGCAGCGACGCCGUAGUUAAUUGGGACUCUGUCUCCUCGCUCUCCCAGGCCACUGCAGUGCCUCGCUGUAUCUCCUGGUUUAUCAUGUUUGACUCUUUUCAAAGAGACAAACUUGUAUUGGUGGGAUUUUUUUUUUAUGAAUAAGUGUUUCUGACAAGCUGUUGCGCAGUAAUGUUAAAGUUCCCGCCUCCUCUUCUGGUUAGCGAUCCUCGCUUACCUGCUUUCUCUGCCUCAUCUACCCAACCACCUUUUCAUUUAUCCCUCCAUCCCCCUGUCGCUUCCCUCUGUGUAUAUUUGCACAUGUUAGAUGAUAACAGCAGUUCAUGCAAUAAAGUUUCAAGGCUUCUCUUUGUCUUAGCCAGCAAUCAUUCUAACAGACAUGCUUAUGACAAUGUACUACUGCUCUGUCUCGGGGAAAGAAGAAUAAAUUGGAGAAAAAGUACACACAGCUGGAAAAUGUUAUUUGUUUCAGACAAGGGGAUAUAAUGUCAGCCUAUUCUGGAGCUCAUGCUAUCUACAGCUGAGCUGUCAGAAUAUGAAAAUAGGGUCUGUGACAUUUCCAUUUUCCUUGUAUCACGUCUUUUUUUUAUGAAACAAAGCUGUUUAUUUAGCAGAAAUACUGCCUGCUGAUUUCUUUCUCCAUUACACCAAAUGUUCACAUUUAUCAAGGGUUCGUUUGUCUUCUAAAUCUACAUUUCUUUCUAGUUUACUGUUGUAGUUUACAUUUACCUGUUCUCAGUAUGUUUGGGUCCUUUGAGAGACUCUGAGCUGGAUUGCAAAAGAAGGAAAACGGAUUGCAUCUCAAAAAUAAAAAUAAAGUGAUAUAUGUUCUCUGUACUUACAAAUAAAGUUAGCUCUAACUAAAUCUGAA